AUGGUCGGUUGGAGCAUGUCCCACCAAAACCUCAACCAAUUCGACUUUAUGUUCGCAGGAGGCGCUUCGGGUUGUAUUACCAGAGCUACUUGCCAACCGUUCGACGUUUUAAAAAUCAGGUUCCAAUUACAAGUAGAACCUAUAUCGCAUCAUGCUGAUUCUGCCAAAUAUAGAUCAAUAUUUCAAGCAACAAAGAUAAUCUUCAAAGAAGAAGGCGUAAAAGCGUUUUGGAAAGGCCACAUUCCUGCACAGUGGCUGUCGAUAAGUUAUGGCCUAGCGCAAUUUUGGAGCUACGAAGUUUUAAUUAGAAACGCUUCUAAACUAGAGGCUUUUAAAAAUUUUACUCCUCUUCUAAUUUUUUCGUGUGGCUAUAUUGCAGGGAGUAUUGCAACUCUGGUUUCGUUUCCAUUUGAUGUCGUACGAACCAGAUUUGUAGCUCAGAGCCAACAAAAAAUGAUUUACCAUAACAUGUUUUCGGCUGUCAGGGACAUUUGCAGAAAGGAAAGCCCUGUUGCGCUUUUCAGAGGUUUAUGGCCCACAGUUUUGCAAGUAGGCCCUCACGCGGGAGCUCAGUUUAUGUGUUACAGAUUUUUCGAUGAUUUUUAUAAAAAAAUUAACAAGAAGCAAAAUAGUUCAUUGUCUAGCACUUUAUUCGCUGGCAGUUUAGCAGGCUUGUGUGCUAAAACUUUUAUUUAUCCUUUUGAUUUGGUUAGAAAGCGUUUACAAAUUCAAGGAUUCGGGCAUGCUAGGGAUAGUUUUGGGAUACAUUUUACUUGUAAGGGUUUAAUAGAUUGUUUUAGUCGAAUAUAUUAUUUGGAAGGAGCUAGAGGUUUUUUUAAAGGUCUUGCUCCAAGUUUGAUUAAGGCUGUGUUUACUACUGCACUGCAUUUCAGUACUUAUGAAAUGAUUUGUAAUGUGUUGAUGGUUUUUAAGGGAAAAAGUUGA